AUGAAGGACAAACAGAAAAGGAAGAAGGAGCGCACGUGGGCCGAGGCCGCGCGCCUGGUGUUAGAAAACUACUCGGAUGCUCCAAUGACACCGAAACAGAUUCUGCAGGUCAUAGAGGCAGAAGGACUAAAGGAAAUGAGAAGUGGGACUUCCCCUCUAGCAUGCCUCAAUGCUAUGCUACAUUCCAACUCGAGAGGAGGAGAAGGGCUAUUUUAUAAAUUGCCUGGCCGAAUUAGUCUUUUCACACUCAAGAAGGAUGCUGUGCAGUGGUCUAGAAAUGCAGCUGCAGUGGAUGGAGAAGAGCCAGAGGACUCGGCUGAUGUGGAAAGCUGUGAGUCCAAUGAAGCCAGUGCUGUGAGUGCUGAAAAUGACGUGUCUCUAGAUGAAACAUCUUCGAAUGCAUCCUGUUCUACAGAGUCUCAGAGCCGGCCUCUCUCCAAUCCCAGGGACAGCCACAGGGCUUCCUCACAGGCAAGCAAACAAAAGAAAAGGACUGGGGUCAUGCUGCCUCGUGUUGUCCUGACUCCUUUGAAGGUAAACGGGGCCCACGUGGAGUCUGCCUCAGGGUUCUCGGGCCGCCACGCUGAUGGUGAGAGUGGCAGUCCAUCCAGCAACAGCAGUGGCUCUCUGGCCUUGGGCAGCACUGCUAUUCGAAGCCAGACUGAGGUCACCAGGGACCCUGCCCCUCUCUUGAGAGGCUUCCGGAAGCCUGCCACAGGUCAAAUGAAGCGUAACAGAGGGGAAGAGGUAGAUUUUGAGACUCCUGGGUCCAUUCUUGUUAACACCAACCUCCGCGCUCUGAUAAACUCUCGGACCUUCCAUGCCCUGCCGUCACACUUCCAGCAGCAGCUCCUCCUCCUCCUGCCUGAAGUGGAUAGACAGGUGGGGACAGACGGCCUGCUGCGCCUCAGCAGCAGUGCACUCAAUAAUGAGUUUUUCACCCAUGCAGCUCAGAGCUGGCGGGAACGCCUUGCUGAUGGUGAAUUCACUCAUGAGAUGCAAGUCAGAAUAAGACAGGAAAUGGAGAAGGAGAAGAAGGUGGAACAAUGGAAGGAGAAGUUCUUUGAAGACUACUAUGGACAGAAACUGGGUUUGACCAAAGAAGAAUCAUUGCAGCAGGAGGAGGCCAAAAUCAAGAGUGACUUGUGUGUCCCAGGAGAAUCAGUACGGCCACAGCGUGGGCCCACCACCCGUCAGCGGGAUGGACAUUUUAAGAAACGUUCUCGGCCAGAUCUCCGAACCAGAUCCAGAAGGAAUCUGCACAAAAAACAGGAGCCAGAACAAGCAGGGGUUGCUAAGGAUGCAAAUUCUGCAUCAGAUGUUUUACUCUCCAAAGAUGGGGGUGCUAAGACCGACUCAGCAGGGUUGAACAGUCCCCCUGGGCCAGCUGUGUCCUCUGCAGCAUCUGGACAGGAGGGUCCCAAGUGUCCCAAUGAGCCUGUGGCUUCCCGGAUUCGAGCGGAAACGGACAACUUGGCAUGUGCCUCUGCAUCUCCAGACAGAAUCCCUACCUUACCUCAGGACACUGUGGAUCAAGAGACAAAAGAUCAGAAGAGGAAAUCCUUUGAGCAGGCAGCCUCUGCAUCCUUUCCCGAAAAGAAGCCCCGGCUUGAAGAUCGUCAGUCCUUUCGUAACACAAUUGAAAGUGUUCACACAGAAAAGCCACAGCCCACUAAAGAGGAGCCCAAAGUCCCGCCCAUCCGGAUUCAACUUUCACGUAUCAAACCACCCUGGGUGGCUAAAGGUCGGCCCACUUACCAGAUAUGCCCCCGGAUCGUCCCCAUCACGGAGUCCUCCUGCCGGGCUUGGACUGGUGCCAGGACCCUCGCAGACAUUAAAGCCCGUGCUUUGCAGGCCCGAGGGGCAAGAGGCCACCACUGCCAUCGAGAGGCUGCCACCACUGCCAUCGGAGGCGGGGGUGGCCCGGGUGGAGGUGGCAGUGGGGCCAUCGAUGAGGGAGGUGGCAGAGACAGCGGCAGUGGUGAUGGUGGUGAGGCCUGUGGCCACUCUGAGCCCACGGGAACCCCAAGCACCCCUGGAGAGAGCGCGUCAGAUCUACAGCGAGCACAACUACUGCCGUCUUGUCCUCUGAAUGGAGAGCACACUCCAGCUGAAGCUGCCAUGCCCAGAGCCCGAGGAGAGGACUUAGCUUCUCUUGGAAAGGAAGAGAGCUGCCUGUUGCAGAGGGCCCCAGGUGUGCUUUCAAGUGGGUUAGAAGAUGUCUCCCAACCCCCCAUUGCUCCCACUGGAGACCAGCCAUGCCAGGCUUUGCCCCCUCUGUCCUCCCAAACUCCAGUGGCUGAGACAUUAGCAGAGCAGCCGAAGUUGCUUCUAGAUGGUAUAACUGAGUGCGAGUCUGGCACCACCUCCACCUCCCCGGAAAAGGGUAGUGAGGAUGAAGGAUCCACCAUUCCCUCAGAGAGUGGUUCUGUACUGUCUCCACUGGGAGAUGGAUUAGGAGGAGGAAAUGACCAGGCCUUUCAUGGUAACCCCAGUAUGAAAGAUCCUGUAAAUGUGUCACCUGCAUUUUUAUCUGAAUUGUCAUUGGCUAACUUCCUACAGGAUAGACCUGCUGAUGAUGGAUUAGGACUUGGUGCCACGGGCCCCCUCCUAAGGGAAAAUGGUAGACAAGAAACUUUGAAAACUGAGGGUUUUGCAUCUGGCAGUGCUGCCUCCUGGGUACCCAUUCUGUCAAAUUAUGAGGUAAUGGAAGAGUCUGAGCCAGAAUCUAGAGAAAAUGCAGUAUGUUUGGAGCCCCAGGAUAGAGAAGAGUGGGAGAGAGCUGUUCCCCUCAUUGCUGCCAUGCCUGGGGAGUUGGCAGCCACAGAAGGUGCACCCCACCCUGAAAGCUGUACUUCACUCUGGACGGCACCUUCUCCGGGAGUCAUGGGUGGCACCGGCAGUGACAGUGAGCAGGUGGGCCUUGAAGGGCUGGAAAUGAAUAGCAUCUCUGAAGUACUGAGUCCUCACAGCGAAUCCACAGAGACAGCCUCUGAUUCUGAAGUCCACCUCACUGAAGACAGCAGUGAGGUUGAUGCAAGUGAAGCCACAGUGGCAAAGGGGUUGUUGGGCAGGAGUGAAAAGCGGGACUGGGACCCAUCCACCUCGAUUUCAAAGGCGAGCAGUGACCUAAGUGUGCUUACAAGGACAGAAGGAACAGCUGCGUCUCAGAGCUGGGUGUCUCGAGUAUGCGCGGUCCCCCACAAGAUCCCAGACUCUCUGCUGCUGUCUAGUACUGAGUGCCAGUCCAGGUCUGGGUGUCCACCUAAGCCUGGCUCUUCAGUAGAGGUUACCAAUCCACUUGUGAUGCACCUGCUGCAUGGUAACUUGCCCUUCGAGAAGGUUCUUCCUCCAGGUCACAGGGGCAGCAGGCCAGAAUCCCCGCAGCUGCCCCUGGGAGAACAGAACCAAGAUAGAGGCACUGUGCAGGGUUCGCGGGGAGACAAUCACCUAGUUGCCGGAAGCAACCCUGGGUCUGCACAAGCACUGGAAGAGUCUUUUCUGGCCCAGAGCUAUGCAGCAAGUGCUGGUCUUGGCAGAGCAAACACCUCCCAGACUGCUGGAGUGCUCCAGAAGAUUGCCAGGAUGGUUCCCAGUUUAGAUUCCCAGCAUCCAGUGACAGGACUGAUGCCUUCCUCUGGCAUCCUGGAAGAAACAAAUUCCAAAGAGCAGUUCUCUUCCUUCCUUUGUGAAGAGCAGCAAGCAGCCCAUGCCCUGUCCCAAGGCAGUGCUCCAGGUGCUGCCUCCGGCCACACUACCUCCAAAGUGCCGAGUUUCUCCUCUGCAAAAGUGAGCCUCUCCGUUAGCCCUGAGCAGACAAGUAGGACCCUGAGUGAUCAGAAUAACACUGGAGGUCAAGAGAAGAAACUAUUUGGUCCUAGGAAUACGGUUGCCACCCCUCAGUGCCCCAGGUCUGAAGAGCAGACACCACUACCUGCUGAGGUCCCUCCGGUGUUGCCCAGUAGGAAGAUAGAACCAAGCAAAAACUCUGUCUCUAAUGGAGGGCAGACUGCAAGGAAAGACUGGACACCCAAACCACCGCCUGUCUCUGCUGGCAGUAUUAAGACAGAGCAGACAUUUCCAAGGGGUCCCAUUAAGGCAGAAGCAGACAACGGAAAAGCUCCUGGGUACAGUCCUCUGGAACUAGUGGGUCACUUGCAAGGGAUGCCUAUCAUUGUGGACCUGCCUUUCUGGAAAUUGCCCAGAGAGCCAGGAAAAGGGCUCAGCCAGCCCCUGGAGCCGCCUUCCUUCCCCUCCCAACUCAGCAUCAAGCAGGCUUUGUAUGGGAAAUUGUCUAAACUCCAGCUGAGUCCCACCAGCUUUAAUUACUCCUCCAGCUCUGCCAGCUUUCCCAGAGGCCUUGCUGGCAGCGUGGUGCAGCUGAGCCACAAAGCCAGUUUUGGUGCAGGCCACACUGCAUCCCUCUCCCUGCAGAUGUUCACUGACAGCAGUGCAGUGGAAAGCAUCUCUCUCCAGUGUGCAUGCAGCCUGAAAGCCAUGAUCAUGUGCCAAGGCUGUGGAGCGUUCUGCCAUGAUGACUGCAUUGGACCCUCAAAGCUCUGUGUAUUGUGCCUUGUGGUGAGAUAAUAAAUUAUGGCCAUUGGAAACAUUGUACAUUUAGUGUGUGUAUUUUAAUAAUGGUUGAUUUAAAUCUGUAUACAGGAUAUCAUUGAUAUAAUGAACUCUAUCUCUAGGUGAGAAAUCUUGCCUCCUCCU